ACUGCAUAGACGUUUAGGUUUAAGUGUGGUCAAUCAUUUGCUGACGCAGAAGCCCUAACUCCAAUUACCGUGAUCAGAGCCAAACAACAGCUGAGAUAAAUCAACAUUUAUAAGCUAAUAAUAUGACAUCAGUAUUUAAUACAAUUAUGUGGAUAUGCCUAUUUGUUGUUGCUGUUAAAACGUGCAUUGCAAUUGCUUAUGAUCCAAACGAUACAAAAAUCGCUUCAGUUAUUCCACCUGAAGGUUUUUUCGAGGCAUUUUAUCCGAGAGAAAUGGAUGGUGUGCCCAACAGUGCUUCCCGUCCUGCUCAUGCGCACGGCAGUUUCUUUAAGCAUCGCAAUCCAGCUUUGGUGGACACAAAGAAUGCAGCAGCUUACGGAUAUCGUUUUGAUGGUAAACGGCGUUUCAAUUUAAAGUAAAGAUUUAAUAAUAAUUACAUUGUGUGCUCUCCUCAUGGUUUUAUGAAAAUUCAAUAAAAUGUAAAAUUAAUAAUAUACAUACAUAUGUAUGUAUGUAUAUCCAAUGGAGUUGGUGAGGCUUUGUUUACCAGUUUUUUAAGUUAACAUACAUACAUACAUAUGUAUUGUAAAUACAUUAGUGUAUUUGUAUGUACACAUAUGCUUAACUCUCUUUUGCUUACCCAACAAACUAUAAUGAAGGUGUUUAAAGUCUAUCAUUAUUUUUAAAUUAUUAAAGAUUCUUUAUUUGAUAAAAUCCACAUUUCGUAUUCAUUAUGUUAUACAUUAAUAAUUCGUUAAAAUUACCAAUUGACUUUCUACAAUUAAAAACAUCUCGUACAAUAUGCCGAAAUCACUCUACAAGAGUACCCAUAAUCAAUUUAUACCAGAUUGCUAUCAUCUGAUAUUAACCAUAUGACAGUUUCCACCACAUCAAAAUACAGUCCACUUUAUACAAUUGACAUUUAAAAUCAUCUGUGCGUAGAAACGUUUUUCCGAUUUUAUUUUUGCUGUAUUGCAUUAUGUUUCAAUAAAAAAUCCUUUAUCGUGAAAAAAAUUUAAAAAAAUAUUAGUAUAGCCAAAGGGAACACCUAAAGUUGAGUGUUUAAGCAAAAAUUACAUUUUGUUUU